UCUUACAGUUUUAGAGAAAAUAGCGUAACUAAUGUUAAGAUUUAUACAUCAAUUUUCUGAAAUAAGGCAGAAGUAUAUUUUCACCACGGAUUAUACACUUUCUCCUAUGUAAAAUCUGUGGAAAAAAAGUUGUGAACCAACCCCGAAACUCAGAAGCUGUUUAAAAAUGAGCAGUGACAAGGUUAGUGCCAAAAUCUGUGUAUACAUGUAGAAUUCUUAUCUUUCUGUGUUCUUCUAUAUAAGGUUGUAACUACAGCAAAUUAACUGUACUCCACAGCAAAGGCACAAGGCUAAGAACCUUACUGCACUGCUAGAAAGUACAACGGUGAAAAUCACUGCACGGCUAACAGGGUAGAAGGUUCACAAAAUAAAAGUUCCAAAAUUUCUAGAUUAUAUCUCAGUUUUUUCCUCAAGCAGGAAAAACAGCCCACGCUGAAUUUCAAACAAAACUAACGUAAGCUAAAAUAACAGUUUAUUACAGUCCUAAAUAUCAAAGAGCUCUUAAGAACAUAACUUGAAUAAUGGUCAUGAACUGGUUCAACACAUUUAACUGGUGUUUUUAUGAAUUGUAAUGAGGGCUGCUAUGAUCUAAAAAUGAUGUAUCCAAGAGGAAAUAACCUCCUUGGCAUGCUUGCAGCUCUGCAACAUGCUUGUUUCACUGCUUGCAAGCGCCAGUGCCGGCCGUGGACGCUCAGAGCAAGUCAAUGGAGGAGGAUUCCGGUCACAGCAGCAAGUGGGUCCACUGAACAGAUCCAAGGACAACUUGCUUGGGAAAGGAAAGCCAAAAGCAAAGGAUAGGUAAGUAUUGAACAGAUACAUAGGGCACUACCUAAAGGGUUUGCAGUUUUGCUUUUUAAUCUUGAAGAACUCUGUUUACAAAAUCUUUUAUUUUUAUUUAGUGAUUUAGAAUUUACAGAUGUUAAAGAGUAGAUUUUUAAAUAUGAGAUUUAUAAAUUUAAAUUUUAAAAGGGCUUGCCCUUCCUUUUAGCCUCUCCUACUUCCCGACUGAACCAGGAAUAGUAAGGAAAAAAUAGUACUUAAACAAAAAAAGUAUUAGUUCAAAUUUGGCAUAUUUGGUAGCUAAAUUUAAAAAAAGGUUAAAUAUGCUAUGACAAAUGAAAUUACUAAAAGCAAUGAUUGAGAUCCUAGUAAUACCAAUUUUUUAUGUUCUCUCAAACGGAAGGGGUUCUGAAAUACAUUAUAAAAAUGGCAUGUAAAUCAGCAGUAAGAUAGACUUCUUUUUAUUAAGACCUUAGGUAGACUUGGUGUCUUUCUGGAUUGAACCAAGUGUAUACACAAAGUUCUAUUCAGAACUAUUUAGUGCUUUUUCCCCCUUGUUCUUCAGUACAUUUUCUAACGUAAAGAUAAAGACAAAAUAAGAAUCACUAAACAUCUAGUGACGUAGAACCACUGAAAAAUUAAUGUAUCUCUUCUUUCAUUAAGUGUGGGAACUGGCACAGCAUUAGAGCUAUUGCGAAGGGCUACGAAAUUCCAGUUUUCAUUAUUUUUUGAAAAUAAUGCAAUCUACAUAUCUGAACCUAGGUGGAACUCUCUGCCAUUGAAAUCAAACCAGACUCAAAGACUACGGCAAGAGACUGAGCAUUCUGAAAUUUAUGCUUCUAGAAAACACCAAAACUUGAAGGUCUUGUCUACAAACAUAGGCAGAUGUGUGUACACUCUUUAUCCUAAAGAACAUUAAUUUUUUUUUUUUUAAAGAAAGGUGGUCAAUUUUGGUUUCAUGUGUUUGGCAUGAAUACGAUGCCUUAAAAAAGCUGAUGACCAACCUAUCUACUGACUAUUGUAAGCACUGUCUGGAACUGGAUCAAAUCGCAGAACAGCAAAUGGCAAUCUCUUCCAGAAUGUCGGAACAAAGCACAAUUCCUGAGCAUGCUUUUCAGAGUACAUUUGACCGCUUGAUCUCUUCUAACCAGUCCGGAUUACAGACAGAAUCAAUGCCAGAGGAAAUGAAAGCGCUUGGUGAGGAACAGGGAAAGAGGUUGCACUGGGCAGCUCUUCUGAUCCUGGUGGUGAUAAUCCCCACGGUGGGGGGCAACACCCUGGUCAUCAUGGCUGUUUCACUGGAGAAAAAGCUGCAGUAUGCUACCAAUUACUUUCUAAUGUCCUUGGCAGUAGCUGACUUACUGGUUGGAUUGUUUGUGAUGCCAAUUGCCCUCUUGACAAUAAUGUUUGGCAUUGCCAUUCCAGUCCCUAUUAAAGGACUAGAAACUAAUGCACUGAAUACCAACAAUAUCACCUGUGAACUGACCAAGGAGCGUUUUGGCAAUUUCAUGCUCUUUGGCUCUCUGGCUGCCUUCUUUACACCUCUUGCAAUCAUGAUCGUCACCUACUUUCUCACUAUCCAGACUUUACAGAGGAAAGCAUGCAUGGCCAAAAGCAAGCCACCUCAACGUCUAACAUGGCUGACCGUGUCCACUGUUUUCCAAACAGAGGAAACACCUUGCUCAUCACCUGAAAAGGUAGCAAUGCUAGACUGUUCUGGAAAAGACAAAACUCUGCCCAACUCUAAUGAUGAAACACUUAUGCGAAGAAUGUCUUCGGUUGGAAGAAAGUCAGCACAAACCAUUUCCAAUGAACAGAGAGCCUCAAAGGUCCUUGGAAUUGUAUUCUCCCUCUUUUUGCUUAUGUGGUGCCCCUUUUUCAUUACAAAUAUAACGUUAGCUAUGUGCGAUUCCUGCAACCAAACUACUCUCAAGAAGCUCCUGGAGAUAUUUGUGUGGAUAGGCUAUGUUUCCUCGGGGGUAAAUCCUUUGGUCUACACCCUCUUCAACAAGACAUUUCGGAGUGCAUUUGGCCGAUACAUCACUUGCAAUUACCGCGCCACAAAGUCAGUAAGAACUCUCAGAAAAUGUUCCAGUAAAAUCUACUUCCGAAAUCCAAGGGCAGAGAACUCAAAAUUCUUCAUGAAAUGUGGAAUUCGAAAUGGGAUUAGUCCUGCUACGCACCAGAGCCCAGUGAGGCUCCGAAACUCAACCAUUCAGUCUUCAUCAACCAUUCUACUAGAUACACUUCUCCUCACUGAAAAUGAAGGUGAUAAAACUGAAGACCAAGUCAGUUAUGUAUAGCAGAAUCUGCAGUUUUUGUCUAACACAACAGUGACUAAGGUGAUGAGCAGGAUGUAAGAAUUAUGUAAAGAACUGUAUGCAUGUCGUACAUCAGAAAUCAUCUCCUUAAAUGAACAGUUAUAUGUUACAAUUACCCAAUUUUCCUUAUUGACAAAGUAACUAAUGAAAAAUAUCAUUUUUUUGUGGUUACAAACAAAAGCAACCCAAGUAUCUGUCAAGACGUUAGGUCUUUUAAAUGAAAUAAAAUUAAGUAAGUAAAUCAAUAAAUUUCAGCCUU